CACAUUUAGAGAUUAGUUACAUAUGUUAUAGUAAGAAAGAAAAAAGAUCCCAUGUGUACCUUACCUUGUUUUUCCACUAAAAAUUAUUUAUGAAACACCUAACUCCUAUCAUGCUAAUUCUACCUACAUUAACAAUACAGAUUGUUAUCAACAUUGAUGUUUUGUUCCACAACAACAUCAAAUCAAAGUUAUAAUUUGAAAAAUGUUCACACUUUCUCGUUUGAAAAACUGGAUGUCUGCACAGAAAGGAAAAGCAAACCAUAAUAAUGCUGAGAAACAUGUGGCGGUUUUGGCGUUCCCGUUUGGAACACAUGCGCCUCCACUUCUUAGCCUUGUUAGAAGAAUCGCGGCCGAAGCUCCUAUGGUUACAUUUUCAUUCUUCAGCACCAAGAAAUCAAACGCUGCGUUAUUUUCUGGCGCGGGUAAUAAUGGCGCGGGUAAUCACGACGAGUUUCUUGAUAACAUAACUUAUUAUGAUGUUAACGAUGGGUUACCCGAAGGCUUUGUGCCAUCCGGAUCUCCGGUGGAAGGUAUUCAUUUUUUUAUUCAAGCAAUGCCGGAGAAUUUUAAGAAUGCUAUGGAUUUGGCUGUGACUGAUACGGGGAAGAGCAUUACUUGUUUGGUUACUGAUGCUUUUUAUUGGUUUGGCGCGGAUAUUGCCGAGAAAAUGCAUGCGAAAUGGAUUCCUCUUUGGACUGCAGGAGCUCACUCUCUCCUUAUACAUGUCUUCACAGAUCUUAUCAGAGAAAAUUUAGCAGACAAUAAAGAUGGUGAUACCAAAAAUGUCGAUUUCCUUCCUGGUUUUCCGGAGCUAGAGGUUGCUGAUUUGCCUGAAGGGGUAAUAGAUGACAUUAAUGGACCAUUUGCAACAAUGUUACACAAAAUGGGACUAGAGUUAUCGCGAGCAACUGCAGUUCCCAUAAACUCAUUUGCUUCAAUACACACUGUUAUUGAGAGUAAAUUGGAGGCCAAGUUCAAAUUGCUACUAAAUGUUGGACCAUUCAUCUUGACAACACCGCAACGUAUGGUGACCGAUGAACAUGGCUGUUUACCAUGGUUGAACAAACACGAGAAUUACUCAGUAGUGUAUAUAAGCUUUGGAAGUACGAUAACACCCCCGCCUCACGAGCUCGCUGCAUUGGCGGAGUCAUUAGAAGAAUGCGGAUAUCCGUUUAUUUGGGCCUUUAAGGGUAAUCCAGAGGAAAAAUUGCCAAAGGGAUUUGCAGAAAGAACGAAAACAAAAGGAAAAAUCGUCCCAUGGGCGCCUCAAAUAGAAAUCCUUAAACACUCAUCGGUCGGCGUUUGUUUCACACAUUCUGGUUGGAAUUCGGUGUUGGAUUGUAUUGUUGGUGGCGUGCCGAUGAUUAGCAGACCGUUUUUCGGGGAUCAAAGAUUGAAUGCAAGAAUGCUAGAAAGUGUUUGGCACAUUGGUGUAGGUGUUGACAAUGGAGUUUUGAGUAAAGAAUCAUGUAAGAAAGCUUUGGAGUUGAUUAUGUCAAGUGAGACAGGGAAGAUAAUGAGGCAGAAAGUUGAGCAACUUAAAGGUGCUGCAUUACAAGCUGUUGAAAGAAAUGGUAGUUCUGCAACUAAUUUCAAUACUUUGAUAGAAAUUGUCACUACUUAAAAGUUUUUAAAGAUUUCUAGUUACUCAAGUUGGAUACUUACUAGUGUUAAAUGAUCUAUGUUGUUGUAUAUAAGAAAAAAUUAGAUGGACCAUGCAAUUACUUUCA